GAAAAUAUGGCGUCAACGGAGUGAGUGGUGUAUACUCUGGUGUAUACUUGUGCGUGUUUGACAGUUCCGCAUGUCGGGACUACAUUGUUCAAUUAAAAAAUACACGAGUAACACAAAAUAGAGCGGUAGUUGAGGAAUGGAUAACAUUGAUAACCCAAGAAGACAGUGUAAAGUCGAUACAACGUUUCAUGGUACUUCAACGAACAGAGAAAAAUCAUUAGUUGAAGUCGUUAUUGACAUUUUCGGUUCACUGCUCACUGUUCGUUCCUAACGUUGAAUGUCGAUUGUUUCAUCCUGUUUACUUUUGCGAACGACGAAUUAUAGUGUAAAUAAUAAAGAAUCGUUUACCACAAGUGCUUUCACUAUAGUCGAACGCAACGUCAACACAUCGGCAUCGGACGCUCACACCAAACACAACAAAGUAAUUGCAUAAUAGUAAGAUUGUCUAACACGUUGACAAGCUCCGAUUAUCAAAUCAGCUAUGGCACUGGGUGAACAUAAUAGAUGCCUGAGAAUCAUUAAACCUGUGUUUGAUUCAAUUUGAAACCAAAGUAGGUACAUGAAAAUGUUCAUUCGAAAUGCAAUAAAUUAGCCAGUUGAAAAUUUGUAAACAAUAACAAGUCACUAGUGACAAUUUACCGAACUGUGAAAAGAAGAGUUCUUAGUAAAUGAAUAAUCAAUAAAUGAACGAAAAAUUUAACAAAUAAAAAUCUGCGAUGGAAGACUACACACCAGUUGACGAGGAUUUUCCAGGACGUCUUCUCCAUCAAGCUGCGUUGUGGGACAAUGCUGAACUUCUAGAAGAUCUGCUUCGCGGAGAGCACGCGCAAUACAUAAACAGCCAGGACUCCUGGGGACGUACGCCUCUACACGCAGCUGCAAUAACGGAGAAUUCACGCUGCCUAGUUUCUCUUCUAUCGGCGGGAGCAAAUGCAAAUAUUCCAUGCGGGCCACGCGGCCAUUAUCGUACUCCGUUGCACACUUGUGCUGAGCAUGGGCAUAUGACUAAUAUUGAAAAGCUGUUAGAGUAUAAUGCAGAUUUGAUUAUAAAGGAUAGUAAUGGUUUGAUACCAUUGGACAUAGCUGAGAAGAGCGAGCAUGCGACGUGCAUCAGCUUACUCAAAUUGUCAGCUGAAAAACGCGAGCUCGAGAUUUUAGCCACUCAUGCGUCUCUUAGGGCAGCUUGUUUGCAAGGGGAUACGAUAUCAGCUAGGAGUAUUAUUCAAAGUUUGUCAAACGACGUUGAAUCUGUUGUGAACAUGGCUCCGAACGGGGCGAAUACUCUAUUAUUUAUUUCAUGUGAAAUGGGGCACAAAGAUAUAGCAAGGCUGCUUUUAGAUCAUGGUGCCGAUUGCAGAAUCCAUCCAGCGACCAAGUAUUGUCCUUUGUACAUAGCCUGUUACAAAGGGAAAUUAGAAAUAGUUGAACUGUUGUUGAAGCACUUUCCCAAACAAAUACAAUCUUUGACUGUCGAGAAGUGGUUGCCUAUUCACGCCGCAGUUAUCAACGGGCAUUUCCCUGUAAUUGAAUUGUUAUUAAAGUUUGAUUAUCCCCAGCAUUUAUAUCAAAGGUAUAGAGAUCAGAGUGGAGAAUUUGAGUAUGAAAUGGUAUUUGAUAUAAAUACGAGGGACGUCACAGGGCAGAGUGUUUUGUACAUUUCUAGUACUUUGGGAAAUGCUAAAAUCAUAGAUUUACUCCUAAGUUAUAAAGUCAAGGCGAGAAAAGUUAGAGAAGAUGAUGCAAGCGAUGUUCAACCACUCCCUACUUCUAAACGUAGAAUUUCAAGUGGUAUUCAAAGGCUAAUGUCCAGCUUAAACUUUAGGAGUAAAUCACUAGAGAAAAAAGAUGACAAUACCGUAUCUCCGUUAAAUCUAGAUUUAUAUUGUUAUAAUGAUACUGAAACUGCUCUGCAUGCCGCUGUUAAAGCUGGGCAUGCAGAUAUUGUCGCAGCUUUGUUAUUGUCAGGAGCUGAUCCUAACUUGCCAGUAAAAGUUCCAUACGAUCAAAGUGAUACUGAAUUCAAUUACUCCACCAUGCUAUCGAUAGCUUGCUUGAAUCAUGAUAUUAAAAUUGCAGAUCUAUUGUUGAAACAUGGUGCUGUAGAUAACGAAUGCAAAGCAUUGAAGAUAGCUGCACAGAAUCGAGACGAAGCAUUGACAGCCAAGUUGUUAUCUAUAAAAGCUCAUCCCGAUUCUGAAUAUAAGAUCAACAAAAAAGCUAUGACAGACAACACGCAGUCAUCACAUUUUUCAGCUCUCUCUAAUUUUGGAAACGUCACAUACUCUGCACUGUUCCCAAAUGUUCCAACUAUGAUAAACUGGCAUAACCAACAAUGCAGACUCUCUCAAAUCAGAUCGCAGUGGUUAAACGAUGCUGUUUUGCAUGUCAAUAAGAAAUUAAAUGCCAAAAAUAACGAUUUAGUAUUAUAUGCAAUUACAAGGAUAGAUAUUUCCCAUAAUUCAAUAACUUCCUUACCCUCUACCAUAUUCUAUCUUCAAAGCCUGAGGUACCUAAACCUGGCACAAAACAAGAUAGAUACCCUCACAAUUGAACCAAAAACAUCCAAGGACAAGCUUUGCCCAGUCUUAGAAGAAAUGUAUUUGCAAGAUAAUCGCUUAGAACAGUUGCCAGAGUUUAUAUUCGAUUUGCAAGCCUUAGAAAUUAUGGACGUUUCAAACAAUAAACUUCAAUGUUUACCCAAUAAUUUGUGGAAAGCACCAAGAUUAAAAGAACUAAAUGCUUCAUUCAAUUUGCUAAGGGAUUUGCCCAGUCAGAUUUCACAGAAUAUUGUCAGAAAGCCACAAAGAGAAGAUACUCUCACUAGCAGUCCUAGUUGUAGGAGUCUAACUGGACAAAUCAGCAUGCCCAGAGAUGAUUCCGUCGAGUUUGAGUCGUUUACUAAAAUUGCCAAUGCGCAAAUCAUUGAAAUGAACUGCCCCCAUGUUUGGACCGAAUCUGUACAAGUCUCUGAAAAACUUUCAGAUAGUUCCGAACCUGGAACUAGAUCCGUCCUUGCUUCGCUCAAUUUAGCGCAUAAUUUAUUUAAUAGCAUCCCGGUGGCGUUACCUUGCUUAGCUGUUGGCUUGGUCAGAUUAAAUAUGGCUUACAACUCAUUGAGAUCAAUGAGUCACAUUACGUCAUACCCAGCAACUUUGAAGCAGCUUGAUCUUUCCAACAACCAAAUUUCUUGCUGGCCCAGCUUACCUCAAGUCGAUGGUGCCGAUACUAUGGAACAAGCUGCGACAGCUUGCUAUUGUCCAACAACUAACAUUCAAACAUCGACAGGUCCUGGAAACAGACAGACAGCCACAUCGUUGCGCGACGUUGUCUUGAUGUCAGUCUGCACUCAUAGAAGACACUUGCGACUCGAAAACUUGAGAACUCUAGUCCUUGCGAAUAAUUUGUUGACCAGAAUUCAGCUGACUUCAGUAGAUGAUGGAGAAACUCCAAAUAUUGAGGAAGAAAAUAUUGAUAGAGAUACGAAAAUUUCCUACUCUGGUUCAAAGUUGUACUUAUUGUUUCCAAACGUGAGCAUGUUGGAUGUCAGCAAUAAUCAGCUGAAAGAAAUACCUCAUAACAUUCAUGAGCUGAGCAAUCUGUCUGUAUUGAAUAUUAAUGGCAACAGCGAGAUUACAGAGUUGCCUCCGCAAAUGGGGCUGCUUUCUAGACUCUGGAACCUUAAUACACAGGGCUGCAAGUUACAAGAGCCUCUGAAGUCAAUGAUAGAAUCAAAAAAGUACAAAACCAUGGAUGUUAUUGGAUACUUGAAGUCGGUUUUGGAAGACGCUAAACCUUAUGCAAGAAUGAAACUUAUGAUUGUUGGCAUACAAGGAAUCGGCAAAACCAGUCUCUUAGAACAGUUACGUCAAGAAGGUGAGGUUCCAAAUAAGAAGAAGGCUUCUGAGCAUUGGGCUAAGAGAAUGGGGAACAAAAAUAUUAAUGCAAAAACGGCUCGAGGUACAACCAUAUCCACAGUAGGUGUAGACAUUGGCGAUUGGUUGUACGAAAAGAAAGUCAGAGGUCAAUCUUCUCAUGGACCAGUUUAUUUUAGAACCUGGGACUUUGGUGGUCAAAAGGAAUAUUACGCUACUCAUCAGUACUUUUUAUCCAAGCGAAGUUUGUACUUAGUAGUGUGGCGCAUUACCGACGGUUUCAAAGGCGUGUCCGAGAUAUUUCAAUGGUUGGUUAACAUACAAAGUCGAGCCCCUAAUUCUCCAGUCAUUAUUAUAGGAACUCAUUACGAUAUAUCCUACGAUCAGAGCGAAGCUCUGCAGCAAUACAUACGUGAUAAAUUUAUAAACGUUGUUGAUGCGGAAAAAUGCGGCUUGCCGAAAGUGAUGGAAACUAUAGAAAUUAGCUGUAAAACGAGGCAUAAUAUUAAAAUGCUAUGUAACUUAAUCUAUGACAUUGUAUUCAGUCUGAGAUCACCAGGGAGUAAAGAAUUGCUGCUAGAGCAAAGAGUUCCAGCCAGUUAUCUUGCUUUGGAAGAUGUUGUUGUACAGCUUGCACACGAUAGAAAAUUGUCCGGAGCAGAUCCAGUGUUAAAAGCUGAUCAGUACUACGCGGCAGUAACUAACGAACUGCAAAAACUCCACAGAUCAUUUCGAGAUCCUGCCGAGUUGCACCAGGCGACAUUAUUCUUGCACGACAAUGGAAUUAUUUUACACUACGACGACGCCACUUUGAAAGAUUUAUAUUUUUUGGAUCCGCAAUGGCUUUGCGAUAUGCUGGCUCAUGUUGUAACAAUCAGGGAAAUUAAUCCUUUUGCUCGUUCCGGUAUCAUGAAGCUAGACGAUAUACAACACGUUUUCAAAUCAUCCACCAUCUCGACCUUGGAUACUCAAGGUUACAUCGUCAGUUUGUUGAAUAAGUUUGAGGUUGCGUUAACAUGGGACUAUCGAACCUUAUUAAUACCCUCUUUGCUGCCGACAGAAGAAGAUAUAUUGCGAAAUAGUCAAAUACUGAAAAUCCCAGUCAAGACACGUGGCUGGCAUGUAAGGUCUAAGAAAAUAACAUCCCCAAUGUUUUCAUUUCCGAGUGCAUCUGGUGAGAAAAUGAACACGGAAUGUGUUUUAACUUCUCGAUCGCAACCAGACUGUGCAGUGAUUAGGUUAUUGCUAAUGUCAUAUUUUCCCAGUGGUUUCUGGUCAAGAUUAAUCACAAGAAUUCUCGCUGACGAUACCAUUGUCGAAAUAGUUAUGUCCUUUUUGGCGCCAUUUAAAGACUUCGUUGAUGAGAGAAUUUUUGCAAGCUUACUGGAAACACAAGCGGAAUGGGUUUUGUGGCAGACGGGCUUAGAGCUCAGAUAUGCCGGUAUAACAUUAUUGCGUUUGAAAGAAGUAAAUUACGGCAUUAAAAAUUCCCCACAUGACUACAGGCAAUACAAAUUCAAACUUAAGCAAGAUGGAAUUUGGUGUACAGUGGAUUUGAAGAAUUCAGCUAUUCUAGAAAUCUGGUUUCCUGUAGAUACCCUAGUAGUAAAACAGCCAAUAAUGUCCGAUUCAAUGGAGGAAGAACCUAUGGGUUACCAGGCAAUAGUAGUUGAGCCAAGACCUGAAAGCAUGCCGCAGUUAUUGGCAUUAAUCGUUGACCACAUCGAUAUUCUUCUGGAGGAUUGGUACCCGACAUUAGGGACUAGGUUUGUCCACACAUCGGAAGGAAAAUUAUUAGUCACAAGACUUAUACCAUGUCCAAGGUGCUUAAUCAACAACAGCGAUAACGACGUAGAAUCUAGUAGCACAGAACAUUUGCCCGAAGAUAUCCAGCGAUAUUACAUGAACCGAGAAAGACAGAGUCAAGACAGUUAUAAAUCAGAUGGCGACAGUGGCGUUGGAUAUGAUAGUUCAGCUUCGAGUCGAAUCCCGUCGUUAGAAGGGCAUCCGGAUAUUUCUAAACAAAAUUCAAACUGGGAAGGUACUUUGGCAUAUUCUUGGAUGGUUGAAGAGUGCAUUUUAUCAGCUUACAGUAACAAAUCGAUCAAUUGUCCCAAGCAUUGCGAGAUUCCAUUGUCACACAUAGCACCGGACAUAAUAUUCAUGGAUCUGGGGUCAAAGCAUCUGAUAAAAUCAGACGAAAUAAAGAGAGGCAAAAUGUUGGGGAGGGGUGCAUUUGGCUUUGUAUUUAAAGGAAAUUGUAGAUUGCCAGGUACAAACGUAAAGACUGAUGUAGCUAUGAAAAUGCUUCAGCCUGUUCCACCUGGACCUAAUUCAAAACAAUCUGCUAUUUUGGCGUACAAAGCUGCCCAGAGUAAAUGGGACAGAGAUCCUUUACAAUACGCUUGUAAAGCAUACUGCACAGCGAGGCAAGAGUUGAACAUUCUUCUGACUUUGAAACACGCUAAUAUUGUACCUCUGGUUGGAAUUGUUAUCAGUCCAUUGGCUCUGGUACUAGACUUAGCGCCCGAAGGAGCCUUGGACAAUGCACUUAAGAAUUACAGACGAUCCGGAGCAAAGCUAGAUCCUUAUACUUUGCAGUCCAUUAUUCUUCAGGUAGCCAAAGCAGUUGAGUAUCUGCAUCAGCAGCACGUUAUUUACAGGGAUUUGAAAUCAGAAAAUGUCUUAGUCUGGCAAUUACCAUUGCCUUUCCAAGGCUAUCUUGACCACCCUGUACAUGUGAAAGUUGCCGACUAUGGAAUUUCCAGAUUGACGUUACCUUCAGGGGCUAAAGGCUUUGGUGGAACGGAAGGCUUCAUGGCCCCAGAGAUAAUAAAAUAUAACGGCGAGGAAGAGUAUACAGAAAAAGUUGAUUCAUUUUCUUUCGGUAUGUUUGUUUACGAACUUGUGACCCUUAGGCAACCAUUUGAAGGACACGAGUCAGUUAAAGAAUGUAUUUUGGAAGGUGGCCGGCCACCAUUAACUUACAGAGAAACUCUUCAUCCGUGCUACGCUUUAGAUUUAAUGGUAAUUUGUUGGGCUCAAAAUCCUAAGGAUCGACCGACCGCUAGUCAGAUUGUGUCUAUUGCGUCGGCACCAGAAUUUACUCACUUAAUUGACGUGACUUUGCUAACAGAAAGAACACAGGUAACAGCUAUAACAACGACAAAAAAGUCGUUGGAAGAUAAUGUCGUAGGGGAUGAAAUCUGGCUUGGGCAUAACAAUGGGGAGGUUGAUAUGCUGUUGGGUACUGAGAAGGGCUGGCUGCAGCAUGUGCGAAUUGAAACUCCUGUUAUACCAUAUGCCAUGUGCGGAGUGGAUGGUUAUAUAUGGAUUGGAGAUAACGUAGGUCAAAUUCACGUAUAUUUGGGAAAUAAUUUCGGUUGUGUAGCUAGUUACAACAUGGAACCUGACCAUAACAAAGAAUCAAACGUCGUCGGUUUAAUUCACUUGGAACAAAUCAAACAGUUCGCAGUUGCGCUACACAGUGGAAAGCUAUUUUUACUAUCAAACUCAUUAACGCAAAUGAAAAAAACCGAAAUAACUACAGAAAUUAAGGAGAACCUUUACUCCUUAGCAGCUGUAUAUAAGAAACGUCGUAUCAUAGAGCUGUGGACAGGUGAAAGCUUUGGGUUUAUAUCGAUUUAUGUCUUAAAAGAUGGUAACUUAGUCGACACAGUUAGUUUGACACACUUCUCAAGCGAAGCGACGUCUAAAACUAUUUUUGCUACCUACUUAUUAAGUAGCGAAAAUUCUAUUUUAUCAUACACGUAUCCGGGAUGUAUUGUUUAUCAAUGGGACGUUGACUCGCGUCAGAUAAUUAACAAAUUGGAUAUGUCAAAACUAGUACCAUGUUCAGAAAGUCUCAAGUCUAUUUCUAUAGAGGAAAACCUGACAACAGAAAAGUGCCAAGUAACUGCCAUCGAAACUUUUAUGAAUCAACUCUACAUCGGUACAACCUGGGGCUGCAUUGUUGUUGCGGAAUGCAAUUCUUUGAGACCUAUAACAGUAUUCCGACCUUUUGAGGGCAAAGUAUGUCAAAUUGUUUCAUUUAAAUCAAUCGACAAAAAGAGAGUAGUAUUAGCGACUGUCGGGCAAGGAUAUCGGAGUUUAAUUUCACGAUACACAGAUUAUCCCGUCCAUAGCACAGAGGAUGAAGAUUUGAGGCAUAAUAUGUACACGCUUUUGUGGCGAGCUGAACACUGGUCAGCUGCAUGAAUUUAAUUAAAAAUAUUAUUCGGAGUUGUGACUAGUUAGUAGUAAAUCACGGCUAAUAUCUUGUCCAUUUUAUUUAUUUAUUUAUUUAUUUUUUCCGAUGGUCAUAUCUGGUCAUGUAGUUGUAAACCAUUGAUACUAGUUAAAAUUUUUACAAUGAAUAACAUUAAGCAAUUAUUACUCGGAUUUUCUGCACUCAAUUGUAGAUAUAGGAAUAUUAUGUAUAGGUAAAACAGUGAGCGAACGAGGAUUAGCUUUGAAUUAUUAUGUAAAAGAAGAAAUUUUUUAUUGAUCUUUCCAAAUAUGACAAUUUUGAAACUGAAAUUUUAGUUUCAUGUAGAAACUAGUUCAGUCAGGUGCUUUUUGGUAUGAUCUUAUAUUUAAAAUAUUGACGAAUCAUAAUUCGGAUCAAUUUUUAUUUAUUCAGAAACGAAAAAAGAUAUACAGAUGUGUUCAAGUUGUAUCGAUAUGAUUUAAUAAUAUUUUACUGACAAACAAAAGUAAUUAAUUAAAUUUAGAGUGAGGUAGCUCCAAUAGUUGAUUUAUAUAACUAUACUUUUAAUAUUAUAUUUAUUAUUAGUCACUGAUCUCUUAC